UACUGUGUCUGUAUCAUGUGACUCGGCCUUGUAUGGGGUUGAUGUUGGUGAGCUAAGUUUAGUAGCAGUGACUGAAAGUAGAUAGCAGUCGAAGUGUGAUGUAAAGGUCAGUUGCUGAUUUCAGAGUCACAAAUAAUUAUUGAAUGCUGUUAUAAACCAACACCCUUCUGUCUGGCAUAGUUUUAAAGUUGACAGUUGCAAUGUAAACCUUACCACUGUAGUAUUAAUACACCAAGUUAUUUAUGCAUGGACAUAAAGGAUUCCACCGUUCUAUGCAACUUAUGGUAAGCUGAAAGAACGGCCAGAUAUCGCGAUAUUGGCCGCUGGGGCCAAGUUAAGUGAACAUGGCGACUUCUAAUUUGUUAAAGAAUAAAGGUUCCCUUCAGUUUGAGGACAAAUGGGAUUCUAUGCGUCCAAUUGUUUUGAAGUUGCUUCGCCAAGAAUCAGUAACAAAGCAACAGUGGUUUGAUUUGUUUUCUGAUGUCCAUGCUGUUUGCUUGUGGGAUGACAAAGGCCCUGCAAAAAUCCAUCAAGCACUGAAAGAAGACAUCCUUGAUUUUAUAAAGCAAGCACAGGCAAGAGUUUUGAGUCAUCAAGAUGAUACAGCUUUACUAAAGGCUUACAUCGUAGAGUGGCGCAAGUUCUUCACGCAGUGUGAUAUCUUACCAAAGCCUUUCUGCCAGCUAGAGAUAACAUUAAUGGGAAAACAGGGCAGCAAUAAAAAAUCCAGUGUAGAAGACAGUAUUGUGCGAAAGCUUAUGUUAGACACGUGGAAUGAAUCAAUUUUUUCAAAUAUAAAGAAUAGACUACAAGAUAGUGCAAUGAAAUUGGUUCAUGCAGAACGAUUAGGAGAGGCAUUUGACUCCCAACUUGUCAUUGGAGUCCGGGAAUCCUAUGUAAAUCUUUGUUCAAACCCUGAAGACAAACUUCAGAUUUAUCGAGAUAAUUUUGAAAAAGCUUAUUUGGAUUCAACAGAGAGAUUCUAUAGAACGCAAGCACCUUCUUAUUUACAGCAAAAUGGCGUCCAAAAUUAUAUGAAAUAUGCAGAUGCUAAACUGAAAGAGGAAGAAAAGAGGGCAGUCCGCUAUUUGGAGACGAGACGAGAAUGUAAUUCUGUACAGGCCUUAAUGGAAUGCUGUGUCAAUGCCCUUGUAACAUCUUUUAAAGAGACAAUACUGGCAGAAUGCCCUGGUAUGAUUAAAAGAAAUGAGACCGAAAAAUUGCACCUUAUGUUUUCACUGAUGGAUAAAGUUCCUAAUGGAAUUGAACCCAUGUUGAAAGAUUUGGAAGAGCACAUUAUUAGUGCUGGAUUAGCAGAUAUGGUAGCUGCUGCUGAAACAAUUACUACUGACUCUGAAAAAUAUGUAGAACAGCUGCUCACAUUAUUCAAUAGGUUUAGUAAAUUGGUUAAAGAAGCUUUUCAGGAUGACCCACGAUUUCUCACUGCCAGAGAUAAGGCAUAUAAGGCUGUCGUGAAUGAUGCCACAAUAUUUAAACUUGAACUGCCAUUGAAGCAGAAAGGAGUGGGAUUGAAAACACAGCCAGAAUCCAAAUGCCCUGAACUGCUAGCAAAUUACUGUGAUAUGUUGCUGAGAAAGACACCACUUAGUAAAAAACUUACUUCUGAAGAAAUUGAAGCAAAACUAAAAGAAGUGCUGCUGGUAUUGAAGUAUGUACAGAACAAGGAUGUAUUCAUGCGGUAUCACAAAGCUCACCUAACCAGACGUCUAAUUUUGGAUAUUUCAGCUGACAGUGAAAUUGAAGAGAAUAUGGUAGAAUGGCUUCGAGAAGUGGGUAUGCCUGCAGACUAUGUAAAUAAGCUGGCACGAAUGUUCCAGGACAUAAAAGUGUCUGAAGAUUUGAACCAGGCAUUUAAAGAAAUGCAUAAAAACAAUAAGUUGGCUUUACCAGCUGAUUCUGUAAAUAUUAAAAUUUUGAAUGCCGGAGCUUGGUCUCGAAGCUCUGAAAAAGUGUUUGUAUCGCUACCAACUGAACUGGAAGACCUUAUUCCAGAGGUGGAAGAAUUCUAUAAAAAGAAUCAUAGUGGCAGAAAGUUGCACUGGCAUCACCUUAUGUCAAAUGGAAUUAUAACAUUCAAGAAUGAAGUAGGACAGUAUGAUCUAGAGGUAACAACUUUUCAGCUGGCAGUGCUAUUUGCUUGGAACCAAAGACCCCGUGAAAAGAUUAGUUUUGAAAAUCUUAAACUAGCUACUGAGCUGCCUGAUGCAGAACUUAGGAGGACACUAUGGUCUCUUGUAGCUUUUCCAAAGUUAAAACGUCAAGUUUUAUCGUAUGAACCUCAAGUCAACUCACCCAAAGACUUUACAGAAGGAACCCUGUUCUGUGUAAAUCAGGAGUUCAGCUUAAUAAAAAAUGGAAAAGUUCAGAAAAGGGGAAAAAUAAACCUGAUUGGAAGGUUACAGCUAACAACAGAACGAAUGAGAGAAGAAGAGAAUGAAGGAAUUGUUCAGUUGAGAAUAUUAAGAACUCAGGAGGCUAUCAUUCAAAUCAUGAAAAUGAGAAAGAAAAUAACCAAUGCACAGCUGCAAACUGAACUGGUAGAAAUUUUGAAAAAUAUGUUUUUGCCACAGAAGAAAAUGAUCAAGGAGCAAAUUGAGUGGCUUAUAGAACAUAAAUACAUCCGAAGAGAUGAGUCGGACAUCAACACAUUUAUAUAUAUGGCAUAGUGAGGAAAGUGAGGAAAACGUAAAGGUUACAUGUAAUGGGCAGCGUGGAAGUGUAUAGCAGUCUUUGCUGGAGAAGGACGUGAUUUUUGACUGUUCCGUUGCAUACAUAUAAAACAAAUCCCUGCCUUACCUUGCAAGGAAGGAUUGCAUUUUGCCAAUUUCAUUCAUCUAGCAUGGUGGUACUAGCCAUCAUGUUGCUCACUUUCAACAGCAUGCUGUUUUGUGGGAAUAUUGCAUACAUCACGAUUCUGUUUGCUUUUAAUGUAGACAUUUGAGUUCCACCUCCUUUGCUCCUGCCACGAAGAUUGCAGGUUCCUUCUUUGCCUAAUGUGUCUAUAUCAAAAACAGAUCUUCAUGCACUGGGAAACUGCUAUUAGUUUUGUACAGAACAUGUAAUUAGGACUAGCACUUUCACUUUGUGUUUUGGAUCAACCAAGAGAAAUGUACAGUGGUAAUCAUGGUGAUCCAGCACGUCACUUUGAGUCAUACACUUGAAGACUUUUUUUUUUAAUAUAUACAGCUGUCUGAGUUUGGAUAUCCCAAGGAAUGCUUCAACAUAGCAGUGGGAUUUUAAUGUAUAUGGAAAGUAUUUGGUUUGUGAAUAAAUAGCUUGAAGUCAUAACCAUAACUUUUCAUACCUCUUGUAAAGUUUUGGUAGGCUCUAACCAUUCCUUAUAAAUCAGGGCAAAAAUAACCCCCUUUUAAAAGAAGCUGCCAUUGUAUAGUUUGCAUUGCAGAAGUGAGGGAAGCAGAUGACAAAACUGACUGUGGACUGUCCUCUUGCUGCUGAGCAACAAAGGUAAAACAGAAUUAGGAAAUUAAAAUGUGUGGUAGAGAAGUCUGAUCGUGUAAUCAUGUUAUUCCUAAUACAGGUGUUGCAUAGAGAGGCAUUGAGUAAGACCUGCCAGAAGUGUAAUCUGUAUGGAUACCACCUUGUAACUGGCGCAUGUUGUUUGAGAGGAAUACUGUCAUGCAGACAACAAGGAAUUUCCUUUUACUUAAUUACGCAAUUCCUUUAUUAUGGGUGUUUGACACCUGCAUAAGCCUGUUUAGCAGUUUAAUUUGAAUUAUUACAUGACAGCACUUAACCUGCAUUAACAUUAAUGAAAGACCAACUUAACCUCCAGACCUUAACCAGUUUCGGGUGUUAUGGAUAGAUAAAAAAGUGUAAGAAAUGUACUGUUUUGCAACGUUGUAAUUACCCAUCUUUUUUUUUCAAGUACGAAGCCCAGCUAACUGGUGCUGUUGAGUGUUUUUGCUGGCUGUAUCAGCCUGUUUUUUUUUGGAUUAAACACUGAAAUAUGUUGGGGAAUUACUAUUUGUGAAGUUGGUCAUAUUAACUCAGCUUUUACAAUUGUCACACACAUUUGAAUUUUUUUAGUACCAAAUACAAUAUUUUUUCAGGGCUGUUGCUCUUGUGAAGUAUUAGGGCAUGUCUGGAAAGCAAAAUCCAUUACAUGUGCCAGUCUUGAAUGUCUAUGAAUUUCUUUCUGCGUAUGUAGUAUACGUUAAAAUGAGAUUAAAUAGUGUGGAUUUUUUCCUGUUUGGAUCUGCCCACUUCAUUUCUAACUUGCAGCCCUAAUUUUGUACUGUGAAGAGUGGUAGAGUCAAAAGUUUGCUCAUCAGCAGUUAAAUACCCAAGUCCAAUUAACUGCUGGGUUUGUUGUACUUAGCACAUCACGUGAGUGCACAACCCUAUUGAUUGCAAAAUAAGAAUGUCAAAUAUUAAUAUUUUCAAAUGUACUGUAAGAUUUAAUUCACAUUAGUGAUAAUCUAAAAAUGUUUUACAACCUAAGGAAAUGUUAAAGGAAGUUACGUACCUUCCUAACAGGUACGGUUUCUCAUCUACAAAGACCCUCCCAGUAGGGUAAACUCUUUGCCAUGUUGGUGCAUGAUACAGAAUGCUUCAUUUGUAAGAAUACUUUUGUUUUACAGACAGGGUACAGAUUAAUGUUUGAACAUGUGUUUCAUAGUUGAAAAGUUGUAGUUCAGUUGCACAAGUAAGCCACCAGCAUUUUGCUUAUGUUGCAGUAUAGCUUCUUAAGUGGAAUUUGUUGCAUACUUUGUUUUACUAACUUGACCUUAACUGCCAUUAUUCACAGAGCAAGGAGAGAUUACUUGGAUGCUUCAGAAACGAAGAACAAGGUAGCCUUCACAAAGUAUCUUCUGAAAUGCAGCAGACAGCCAUGCACUUUUAAAAGCUAUAUUUUUAGCUUUUGGUAUAUUACAUACCUUUGUAGACAUAGUGAAAGAGAUGCUACAUCGUAUAAAAUGGCAUUUAUUUUCAUAUAAUGUAUUUUAAGUCAAUUACCCUACUGGUUUGCCCAGGAAAGUUGGUUAUUUUACAGAGUAUAGACCACACCUUUUUGCUGUAUGGGUUUCAUAAACAGUUCUGUAAGUUUGUACAAAAAAUAUUUGUACUGUUUUCAUGUCCCAACAGUUUCAUGGCAAAAGUAUAAUUUUAAAUUAAAGUUAUGAAGUCUUCCA